UUCUUUCCGAUGAUUUUGCGAUAUUAGCCCAGUCGUUUCCUGACAUAGUAGAAUCCUGGUCUAUUUCAUGUGCUGAGGAAUUGGAUAUUAAAUUUUACAAAUUUUUUACUGAACAAUAUUCCAAUCAGCAUUUAUUGGUUCAAGCGGGAUGCAGUAUAUUAGCUAUGAACGGAAAAGUUGAUGCUUAUAAUGGAUUUGAUCGAAAUUUGGUUAUUUCCAUCGUUUCGGAAGAAUUAAUAUAUUCUAUAAUGAUGGGGUUUAAAGCAGAAUCAUCAUUUUCACAAGUGGUAUAUUCAAUAGAUAAGGAAAUUAUUAGAGAAAUUUUCCAACGAGCAAAUUCGGACGCACAGUAUAUCAACAAUGUCUUUUUCAGGGCCUUCGAAUUAGGUGAAAACAUUGAAAUUUUUUUUCAAUUUUUUUCUGAGCGAAGUCAUUUAACAAAAGCAUUAAUGUUUUAG